AUGCUGAAAGCUUUAGAAAGAAUUUUAGACUUUGAAAUAAGGCGCGUUAUAGAUCCCAAUCUUUGGUCACCGACACAACACGCCUACACUAAGGGUAAAUCCACAGAGACAGCACUCCAUGCCCUCACCUGUACUAUUGAAAAAACUCUUAAAGUAAAGGAAUUUUGUAUAGUGGCUUUCGUAGAUAUUGAAGGAGCUUUUAACAAUAUUCUUCCCAGUGCAAUAGCUAGCGCACUCUCGCGUCUGGGUGUUGAAGAUGCGCUUAUCAGCUUUAUCGGUCAGUUACUAACUGGCAGAAUUAUUGAAGCACAAAUGGGUGUAUCAGCAACACACAGACGGGUCAAUAGAGGUACCCCCCAAGGGGCUAGUGACUACGGGCACGGCUCGAUUCUAAAUAUUUUCAGUCCUACUCCAAAUAACAUUGAUUAA